GUGCGCGCCACCUCCGCCAAUCCACCGGCAACCUCCGCGGCACGCACACGUGCGCUCACUCGACCUACUAUCGAUACACUCGCGAUGCCCAUGGCGGCGAUUCACGCAUAUCAAAACCUCGGCGUCAACCAAAAGCUCACGCAACUGCAGCCAGCGCCUAGGCGGCUGGCGCCUGCUCCCGUUGACGCGACACGGUGCAAAAAGAAGUCCUACCUCCACCAGCCCUACCCCACCCAACCCCCAUCUGUGGCUCGAAGAAAUGCAAGGGAAAGGAAUCGUGUGAAACAAGUUAACAAUGGAUUUGCAGCGCUCCGUCAGCAUAUUCCGUCGGCUGUUUCAGCGGCUCUGGCAGGCGGUAGAGGCUCUUCCAGGAAGUUGAGCAAAGUGGACACUUUAAGAUUAGCUGUUGAAUAUAUCAAGAGCUUGAAACGUUUGUUGGAAGAAAGUGAAGAAGGAUGUUCGGAGACGCAACUCAGUUUGGGUUUACACAACAACAGUGGACCGCAAACGCCUCCUUCGUCAGAAGAGUCACAUUCGCCUGCGCCGUCACUCAUAUCUGAGGGUUCAGCAGGACCUACCUGUCAUGACGCCUAUGAUUCUUAUGACCCCAUGAGUCCGGAAGACGAAGAAUUGCUUGAUGUUAUAUCCUGGUGGCAGCAACAAUGAUUUAAGGUAUCGUGAUUUACGGUGAUCAAAGUGCGGCCAUUGAAGCGGCUUGUUGAUUGUGAAAAAAAGAAGUAUUCGCAUCAAGAAGGACUCGAGCGUUGGAGCGCGAGGGACUCUGAGAGAACCUCUAAUUAACCGCAAUCAGUAUAUUCCUAAUGAGAGGGGAUAAUGGUGCACUAUAACGACCCCAUCGAUGCAUUCCGCCGAGCGACUGAGCAACCGAAUCCUGCUUACAUUUCAUACGUGGAUGAAAUAGCAGUACCAAGACUGAAACGAUUAUUGUUCCAUUUAAGCAUUUAGUACUAUCGUAGAAGACUUGAAUCACGCUGUGCCUUUAUGUAGCCUUAUCUUAGCUUCCAAUAAGAUUUAGUUUUAUGGUUAAGUUUUAAUAGUCUAUCUAGUCAUUAUGUUUAAAAAUAGUUUAUAAUGUACAGAUUUUAUCGACGAGAAAGCUAAGAUUAGGACGAUUCCUUAGAAAUUUAUUGCGUAUAAAUAUUGGCGUUUAUAUUCCGAGACAAAGACUUAAUGUAAAUAGAUAAGUUGUAGCACCCUAAGACAGAUUCCUAAUAAUUUAAGAUUUUUAAAGAUCAUAGUUGUAUUGCUAUUGACAAAAUCCUCAACAAGCAACCAUCAUGGUUGUCCUUGUAAAUAAAUACAAAAUAUUUUUAUAAAA